CGCCCGCAGGAUGAUCAAAUACAUCUUAACACUAGCCUGUGUUUGGGCGUCGACCCUGGGCGCCCCGGACGUCAGCUCCCUCAGCCAGGCCUAUGCCCCCCCAACCUCACCCCCUCCCCACUCCCCCUGGUCCCCUCCUCCCCCAAGCCCAUGAAGAAUAUGGACGACCUGCCCAUCUGCUUCCCCAAGACCCACUUCGUCACCCUCACCUCCACGCAGGUCGUCCCCUCCCUCGUCUACAACACCCGCACCCUCCUCGUCCCGACAACGAUAUCCCAGGACGUCACCAAGUGGAACGUCUGGACCUCGACGGAGUUCGUGGCGCAGACGCUGACGUCAUUCCCGAAGCCUGUGGUCGUCACGCGCACCGAGCUCCUGACGGCCACCAAGUACGUGACUCAAGCCCAGUUCUUCACGGAGACCAGUUACGUCACCAGCACUGAGUCCAAGUUCUUCACGGAGACUUUGGUAGCCACGGACUUCACUACCAAGACGCUGCCUGUCACCACCUACGAUACCUUUACGUCCACCUACUACUCCACCAAGAUCCACCGUCACACCGAUUUCGUCACGACCACUCAGUACAAACACGUGACCCAGACCGAGCGUCACCCCCACUACCUCACCCAGACUCUGACGUCACAGUACCGCGUCUACGAAACCGUCACCCAGACCGUGACGCAGAACGAAUACGUCACGGAAACGUCACUCCACUUCCAGACCAAUUACGUGUCCAAGUGCUCUCCCAAGGCCCAGCCCACGCACUACGGGGGCUAUGGCUACUAGGCUAUCUGGGCUACGAGGCUCGGCGUUGGAUUAAGCUACGGUUCUGCGAGGCUCGUUGGGCUCAGAGAUGAUGAGGGUUCUGAGGCUACGAGGCUGGUUAGACUACGAGCCUAAUUUGACCAACGAAGAUAGUUAGACUACUAAGAUAGCCUAGUUGGCUGUGAGGCUGAUUAGGCUACUUGUCUACGAACUUCGGGAGCUCUUACUUAGGCUUUCCUAAAUCAUGACGACAACGAUGAAUUUGAAAAACUAAAACUUCUCCGUUACGACAACGCUAAAGACGCCGCUUUGGUUAAGAUGCCCUGAUGUUAGUAUUCUCCGUUUUCUUUGACGACCAAGAUACGCUGAUAUGCGUUUCCCGUUUUCUUUGACGACGGAGAAGCCUUGUUAAUCUUUCCCAUUUUCUUUGACGACGAAUAGAGAGAGAGAGAGAAGAAUGAUGUCGGUCGAUUUAAUUCACAAUUCUUCUUGUCUCUUCUUAUUUUCCUUCUUUGUGAUAGUUUUCCUUCUAUUUUUAAAAGAGAGAAAGAGAAGGAAGAUAAGAAGUGGAAAAGGAUAAUAUAAAUUUGUAUCUUUAUUUUUCUCCCUCUUUCAAUGUUUCUUCAUUUUUACGUUCUUAAUUUGUUAUCUAAUUUAUUCUAUUUUAUUUUAAGCAUAAGUGUUGAUAUAAGUGUGAAGCCGCCAAUGACAUGUGUAAAUAAGUAAUUUAUGAUUAUGUGUGUGUAUAAUAUUCGAAAGCGUAGUUGU